AUGCUCACAUGUUAUCCCAGCACACCACAGUGUGUAUUUCUUCACAGUCUCAUCAAUCUAGUGUGCAGGAAGCACGGAGAUAUCAAGCUUGUGUGUAGUAAGCACGGUGAUAUCAAGCUAGUGUGUAGGAAGCACGGAGAUAUCAAGCUAGUGUGUAGGAAGCACGGUGACAUCAAGCUAGUGUGUAGGAAGCAUGUCGACAUCAAGCUAGUGUGUAGGAAGCACAGAGAUAUCAAGCUAGUGUAUAGGAAGCACGGUGACAUCAAGCUAGUGUGUAGGAAGCAUUGUGACAUCAAGCUAGUGUGUAGGAAGCAUGGUGACAUCAAGCUAGUGUGUAGGAAGCACGGUGACAUCAAGCUAGUGUGUAGGAAGCAUGGUGACAUCAAGCUAGUGUGUAGGAAGCACGGUGAUAUCAAGCUAGUGUGUAGGAAGCACGGUGACAUCAAGCUAGUGUGUAGGAAGCAUGGUGACAUCAAGCUAGUGUGUAGGAAGCACGGUGACAUCAAGCUAGUGUGUAGGAAGCAUGGUGACAUCAAGCUAGUGUGUAGGAAGCACGGUGACAUCAAGCUAGGGUGUAGGAAGCACGGUGAGAUCAAGCUAGUGUGUAGGAAACACGGUGACAUCAAGCUAGUGUGUAGGAAGCACGGUGACAUCAAGCUAGUGUGUAGGAAGCACGGUGACAUCAAGCUAGUGUGUAGGAAGCACGGUGAGAUCAAGCUAGUGUGUAGGAAGCACGGUGACAUCAAGCUAGUGUGUAGGAAGCAUGGUGACAUCAAGCUAGUGUAUAGGAAGCAUGGUGAUUAAGGCUUAUAGUUCAUUUAAAAAAAUAUCUGAUUUUGUAGCUGUAGCUGAAACAAUAUCUCAUCUUGAUACAACCGCCAACCCCACCCUCAAUAUCAAAUGAUUGAUCCCCAACAGAUCAGUCGCUGCACAUUCAGAGGUUGAUGUUCAGCAUUUUGUAUCGUAGUGCUCAACACAUUUUUGUAUAUUUAUAUUGAAGUCCUCACACAGAUUGUAUUGAUAUAUCUAUUGCUGUUAUGUUUGACAUGUUAUUGCAUAUUUAUUGUUUGAAAUUAUCCUGUGUGUUUUGUAUUUUCAGCUAGAGCUGAUUGAUUCUCAAAUGAUUUUUAUGACCAAAGUUCAUAUUUCCUUAUAUAAAAUUGAAAUUGUGGGUGUUGAAAGAUCAACAGAUCUGCAUGUGGAGAGGUGGAAGUCUGUGUGUGCCACACCAGAGCACUGUCAGUGUUCUGCAGGGGAUGUUGUGUGCAUGAGGAAUUCUUGCCUGAGAAUGUCAAGUAUCAUACAGCCUUCAACAAACACACCUGUAUCAGUAAUAGGAAAGAAACCGAUAAUUUCUCAGGGAUAAUUACAGAUGCCUUUCUUGAAUACAAUUCUUGACUAGAACUAGCUGUGACUUACGGUGACUCUGUUUCAAUGAGAAGCUGUGUUUCAUACUCUUUUUAAAAAAACCUUGUAGUGUUUAGUCUGGGGGGGGGGCUUUCCCUGUAUAGGAAUCUAAGGGUAUAAAGUCCAUCAAGGGCCUUCAUCAAGUGGCCACAAUCAAACACAGUAGCAGUGAAAAGAAAUGGGUGUCCUUAAACUUAUGUCAGUCAUAUUCGUAUAACUAUUGUGUAGUUGGAAAGAAUGUAUUGUAUGUUUUAAACAUUUACUUUGGCUGUUGUAACCUUUGUCAUGGCUCAAAAGAUCUCAUUAUAUCCUAGUACAUCUUAUAUCAUUAAAUGCUUGUAUGACUUAUAUCUUUAUAUUGUAUUCACUGUACUCUGUAUUAUUGUGCAAGCAUGUACCACAGUGCACUUUUUUGUAUACAAGCUCACAAUACAUGUGUUGUAUACAAGCCCACAAUACACACAUUGUAUACAAGCCCACAAUACACACGUUGUCCACAAGCCCGCAAUACACACAUUGUAUACAAGCCCACUAAACACACAUUGUGUACAUGCCCACAAUACACACAUUGUAUACAAGCCCACAAUACAUACAUUGUAUACAAGCCCACAAUACACAAGUUGCAUACAUGUCCACAAUACACAUGUAUACAUGCCCACAAUACACAAGUUGUAUACAAGCCCACAAUACACAAGUUGUAAAAAUGCCCACAAUAAAACACAUUGUAUACAAGCCCACAAUACACACAUUGUAUACAAGCCCACAAUACACACAUUGUAUACAAGCCCACAAUACACACAUUGUAUACAAGCCCACUAUACACACAUUGUGUACAAGCCCACAAUACACAAGUUGCAUACAUGUCCACAAUACACAUGUAUACAUGCCCACAAUACACAAGUUGUAUACAAGCCCACAAUUCACAAGUUGUAAAAAUGCCCACAAUACACACAUUGUAUACAAGCCCACAAUACACACAUUGUAUACAAGCCCACAAUACACACAUUGUAUACAAGCCAACAAUACACACAUGUAUACAAGCCCACAAUACACACAUUGUACACAAGCCCACAAUACACACAUUGUAUACAAGCCUACAAUACACACAUUGCAUACAAGCCCACAAUACACACAUUGUAUACAAGCCCACAAUACACACGUUGUAUACAAGCCCACAAUACACACAUUGUAUACAAGACCACAAUACACACAUUUUAUACAAGCCCACAAUACACACGUUGUAUACAAGCCCACAAUACACACGUUGUAUACAAGCCCACAAUACACACGUUGUAUACAAGCCCACAAUACACACAUUGUAUACAAGCCCACAAUACACACAUUGUAUACAAGCCCACAAUACACACAUUGUAUACAAGCCCACAAUACACAUGUUGUAUACAAGCCCACAAUACAAACAUUGUAUACAAGCCCACAAUACACACGUUGUAUACAAGCCCACAAUACACACAUUGAAUACAAGCCCACAAUACACACAUUGUAUACAAGCCCACAAUACACACAUUGUAUACAAGUCCACAAUUCACAAGUUGUAUACACACCCACAAUACACAAGUUGUAUACAUGCCCAAUAUGCACACAUUGUAAACACCCCCACAAUACACAAGUUGUAUACAUGCCCAAUAUACACACAUUGUGUACACCCCCACAAUAAACAAGUUGUAUACAUUGCCACAAUGCACAAACUGUAUACACGCCAACAAUACACACAUUGUGUACAAGCCCACAAUAAACACGUUUUAUACAAGCCCAAAAUUCACACAUUGUAUACAAGCCCACAAUUCACAAGUUGUAUACAUGUCGACAAUACACACAUUGUAUACAAGCCCACAAUUCACUCAUUGUGUACAUGCCCACAAUACACACGUUGUGUACAAGCCCACAAUACACACAUUAUGUACAAGCCCACAAUAAACACGUUUUAUACAAGCCCAAAAUUCACACAUUGUAUACAAGCCCACAAUUCACAAGUUGUAUACAUGUCGACAAUACACACAUUGUAUACAAGCCCACAAUUCACUCAUUGUGUACAUGCCCACAAUACACACGUUGUGUACAAGCCCACAAUACACACAUUAUGUACACGCCCACAAUACACACAUUGUGUACGCACCCACAGUACACACAUUGAAUACAAGCCCACAAUUCACACAUUGUGUACAAGCCCACAAUUCACAUGUUGUAUACAAGCCCACAAUACACACAUUGUGUACAAGCCAACGAUACACAGAUUGUGUACAAGCCCACAAUACACAUGUUGCACACAAGCCCACAAUACACACAUUGUGUACAUACAAGCGCACAAUACACACAUUGAAUACAAGCGCACAAUACACACAUUGAAUACAAGCCCACAAUACACAUGUUGCAUACAAGCCCACAAUACACACAUGGUAUACAAGCCCACAAUACACACAUUGUGUACAUACAAGCCCACAAUACACACAUUGUAUACAAGCCCACAAUACACACAUUGAAUACAAGCCCACAAUACACACAUUAUGUACACGCCCACAAUACACACAUUGAAUACAAGCCCACAAUACACACAUUGAAUACAAGCCCACAAUACACACAUUGAAUACAAGCCCACAAUACACAUGUUGCAUACAAGCCCACAAUACACACAUGGUAUACAAGCCCACAAUACACACAUUGUGUACAUACAAGCGCACAAUACACACAUUGUAUACAAGCCCACAAUACACACAUUGUGUACAAGCCCACAAUACACAUGUUGCAUACAAGCCCACAAUACACACGUUGUAUACAAGCCCACAAUACACACGUUGUAUACAAGCCCACAAUACACACGUUGUAUACAAGCCCACAAUUCACAAGUUGUAUACAAGCCCACAAUACACACAUAGUAUACAAGCUCACAAUACACAUAUUGUAUACAAGCCCACAAUACACACAUUGUGUACAAGCCCAAAAUACACAUGUAUACAGGCCCACAAUGCACAUGUAGACAAGUCCUAAGUGCUCAUAUUGUUGUAUACAAAUCUCUUGAGCUGUAUCCACUCUGGUGUUGCAUUGUGCCUCAUUAUGUCCUGUCCCAGCUGGAUUGACCUCGACUUUGUCUGGACAUCACACCAUGUCUUACCAGAGUUGUGUGGACAGCCUUGUGUGUACAGUACAUAACAUACAGGUCAGUUGUGUCAGUGAUAUAUAACAAUUGUUAUCAGAGAUGUGAUGCUAAACUGACUUCAAACUGAUCAUUUGUUUUCAUAUUAUGACUUCCUUUCACCUUGGAGAAAGUUCCAUUCCUUCUUUAUGGAAUACAUAAUGAACAAAAGGAACAGUUUCACUAUUUGACCUUGUUAUACCUUGUUCUUGAUCAUAGACCUUGCAUUCAUGUCUUGGAGCACAUUAAAUGUCUCUUCCCAAUUUAA